AUGUCUUUUGAGUAUAAAAAACCGUUAGUACCCAAUGAUAGUUUAAGUAUGCAUAAGAACAAGCCUGCUCAGAGGCGUAGACCACCGUCUCUGAACGAUCCUUCAAUGGCAUCAGUGCCUGCCUUGACAUUAGGGGAGGGGCAUUUGAAUUCUUGUGAUAAUCCAAGAGGGCAUACACCGUAUUCUGGAGGUCAUAUAUAUGGGCAGAAGCUACUGAGACCAAGUAUAGGGCGAGCGCUGACGGACAGUUCAAAUUUUAUCCCUUUUGAUGACCAAGAGCAGAAUCCUCAAAGUCCUACUGUAGGGCAGAAACCUGGAGUUGUUGAUUCUCAUUUAGGAGUCGAUCAAUAUAGUCUUGAUUCUGAUGACGACAAUUAUGACAAUGAGACUUACAAGUUAAACACGACAGAGGAUUUGACUGAUCUAGGAACUGCAAACAGUGGUCCUUUAUCUGUGCAGUUUGCUUCGAUGUCUGUUGACGAAACGUAUAAAAGGCGACAAGAGGAAUGGGCGGAAAGAGGUGCUGCAAAACUUGUGAAGGAUAUGAAGGAUCCCGAAACGGGCAAAAUCACAAGGCAGGUAAUCAAGAAGGGUAUUAAGGAUUUUAAGUUUGGCGAAGCUUUAGGGGAUGGUUCAUAUUCUACUGUUGUACUCGCGACCAGUGUGGAUAGUGGGAAGAAAUAUGCUGCGAAAAUUUUGAACAAAGAGUAUUUAAUUCGUCAAAAGAAAGUUAAAUAUGUUAACAUUGAGAAGAAUACUUUGCAACGGUUGAAUAGUAAUCAUGUUCCUGGUAUAAUUAAACUAUUUUUUACUUUCCAAGAUGAAGCCAAUCUUUAUUUCUUAUUGGAAUAUGCUCCAAACGGCGACUUUCUUUCUAUAAUGAAAAAGUACGGCUCCCUUAAUGAAGAAUGUGCUAGGUAUUAUGGGGCUCAGAUCUUAAAUGGUAUCUAUUUUCUUCAUAGACACGGAAUUAUUCACAGGGAUAUUAAACCUGAAAAUAUUUUAUUGGAUAAGUCUAUGAAGGUAAAGCUAACUGACUUUGGAACCGCGAAAUUGCUAAAUCGUAAGGAUGGUACUGAAGAGUACGAUUUAACUACCAGGUCAAAAUCUUUUGUUGGUACAGCAGAGUAUGUGUCCCCAGAGUUGUUGAACGAUAGUUGGGUAGAUCACAAAUGUGAUAUCUGGGCGUUUGGUUGUAUACUUUUUCAAAUGAUUGCUGGAAAACCCCCAUUUAAAGCUACAAACGAAUAUCUAACCUUCCAAAAGGUUAUGAAAGUGCAAUAUGCGUUUACUGCAGGUUUUCCGAUGGUCGUGCGAGACCUUGUCAAGCAAAUUCUUGUCAAAAAGCCUGAGCACCGGUUGACAAUUCCACAGAUUGAGAAGCAUCUUUUUUUCAGUGAUAUCAACUUUCGAGAUGGCAGUUUAUGGUCUGCUGCUGCACCUGAAAUUGCGCCAUACAAAGUAACUGCCAAGGCUAUGCAAUCAAUCCCGGCACUAAAGGAUAAGGCUAAUAAUAUCAAACCUAUGGUAUUGGCUGAUUCAAGAGGACAAACGACAGCCAGUAAAUCUGGUGGCCCAUCCAGUCCAGUAUUUCCUGAAACAACCAAACAACAGCAACAGCAGUUACUACAGCAAAAUGUUUCCCCAAACAGUAAUAGUAAUCCUAAUGGUGCCGAUGGGUAUGAUAGUUACAGAUCUAAUAAUCUUACAGUUAAAUUGGACCCGCAGACUGCUAGGAUAUUGGAACAUGCUAGAAAUGAAAUAAUGGAAAGAAAGAAUCAAGCUAGGAGUAGCAGUGCCUCUUCAUCCGCUGCAACGGUUGCUUUAUAUCGAAGAAAACCAUCAAAUGAUAGUAGCAAUAAUUUGAGCUCUGGUUCAUCAAGAAGUGCUACCCAACGGGCUUCCCAUAGUGCACCAGCCCAUAAUUUCAGCAAUAUCGUUGCAGGUUCAUCGGCAGGUUCUACAACCCCAAAAUCAACUCCCAAUUCGGCACAUGAAGUAAAACCUACUUCAAGUUGUCCCCAAAAUAACAUUAAAUCUAUUCCACCUUUGAGUAAAGUUGAUAUAUUAUGGUCGUACUAUCUAUUAAAGAUGGACGAGCGUGUUAUAAGAAUGGGUGAGAUAAAAAUGGCAAUUGUAAAGAAUCAAGAUCUUGAAAAAAGAGUUGACAAGGUUCGUGGAGUUAUGGUGGAGUCUUCAAAAGCUCCAACUAAGGCUACCUUACUUUCUCAAGUUGUUAGAAAUGGCGGACAUAACACCGGCUUCAGGAGUCCGGAUAAGGUUGGCUCUCAUCUCAUAGAAAGUGAUUAUUAUUCUGAAUCGGUAAUUAUAUGGGAUAACGUAAAGGAAGAAUACAAAGAAAAGCUUGGUGAUGACUUGAUUGACAUAGAUCGUGGCUUAACUGCAAGUAAGAUAAGGAAGCUUUUCUCAGGUAUUAGGACUGAUGAUACGGCUGACCUGUUGAGUAUGGAUAAUUAUAUCAAUAAAAUGGUAGUUAUAACAACUUUUGGUAGAUGUUUGGUGUUCGUUAGAACAAUAAAGGCGUCGGUUGAGUCUAAUUUAUUUUUUGAACUCCAAUAUGAAAUUAACUUAUCUCUUCCCGGUGUUAAUAUUAAGGAAAUAAUGACUGACGGAAACGAUCCUUUUGGUACUUUUGUAAUCCAAACGCCUUUCAAUUCAUUUGUGUUUAAUUGCCCACAACAUGAACUAGAUAUUUGGACUAAUUCUUUGAAUAAGAGUGUCAAAAAGAAUUAUGAGCGCAUAGUUUUGGCAAAUAAAGAGGAGCCUCCAAGUGAAGUUGCUACUGUUGCUGCUCGUUUGACAGUUGGACGAAAUUCUGGUAUCCCCAAAACUCCUUCUAUAUCAGUUUCUUGCUCUCCUAAGACAUAUCAUUCAGUCACACCAGUUAAACAUAACGACACAGUAUCCCAGCCUAAUACACCAAACGCUAAUUAUAAUUCGGCUCCAGUUACCCCUGCACUACAACAGAAUUCCGAUGGUAAGCAUGAAAGGCUAUUUGAAUCCUUUAUUAAUAGAAAAAACUAUGAAAAACAGCCUGUGCAACCUGUGCCUCACUCAUCUGCUUUAGUUCAUGGAUUACCGGCGGCCUCAUCUCAUGUCCGUUCAAUGACUACUCAUAGAAAUUCAGAAGGUAGUCUAUAUCCUCCCUCAUCAAGGAUCAAGGGAUCAUCAUCAAGGAUGUUCACAAGAAGCGAGCGAGCGUUUAGAAAAUGA